UCGCCAUGGCUCCUAAGGGUGGCUCCAAGCAGCAGUCCGAGGAGGACCUGCUCUUGCAGGAUUUCAGCCGCAACCUCUCGGCCAAGUCCUCCGCGCUUUUCUUCGGGAAUGCCUUCAUCGUGUCUGCCAUCCCCAUUUGGUUAUAUUGGCGAAUAUGGCAUAUGGAUCUUAUUCAGUCGGCUGUUCUGUAUAGUGUGAUGACCCUAGUAAGCACCUAUUUGGUAGCCUUUGCAUACAAGAAUGUAAAAUUUGUUCUCAAACACAAAGUAGCACAGAAGAGGGAGGAUGCUGUUUCCAAAGAAGUAACUCGAAAACUUUCUGAAGCUGACAAUCGAAAGAUGUCUCGAAAGGAGAAAGAUGAAAGAAUCUUAUGGAAGAAGAAUGAAGUCGCUGAUUAUGAAGCUACAACAUUUUCCAUCUUUUAUAACAACACUCUAUUCCUGGUCUUGGUCAUUGUUGCUUCCUUCUUUAUAUUGAAGAACUUCAACCCUACAGUGAACUAUAUUUUGUCCAUAAGUGCUUCAUCAGGACUCAUCGCCCUCCUGUCUACUGGCUCCAAGUAGACCAUGUCAGCUUUCCCCCUGACUUUGUAUUUAUGGGUGGCCUGUGGUAUAUGGAAAAGUAGCAGGAUGGUCAGGGUGGGAGACACACCAGAUGUUUUUGUAGCCUGGAAUUCAAGGAUUUAAAAAAAACCAACAAAAUGUAAUUCAGUAUUUGUUUAUUGGCUCUUUUUGACAGAUUGUUGAAAUUAAAUGAACUGAAAGA